AUGGAUGUGCAGGAGGCAGUUUGGGGUCUGGCAGAGGACAAGGCCCCUGGACCGGAUGGCUACCCACCAUUCUUCUUCCGUAGAUAUUGGUGUAUUAUUCGAAGGGCAGUGGUGGAGGCAGUUCAGUUUUACUUUAGCCAUGUAGGGAUGACAGAUGAUUGGAAGGCCACCUUUAUCACAUUGAUACCGAAGCGUGUGGACGCUUCGGAACCGAGUCAUUAUAGACCCAUUAGUUUGUGUACCACCUUGUAUAAGGUGGUGGCGAGGAUCAUGGUGGGGAGGAUGACGAGCCUGAUGCCACGGAUCAUUAGUCAGGAGCAGGGAGCCUUUGUGGGGGGGAGGAGUAUCUCAGACAACAUUUUACUGGCUCAGGAGAUGAUGGGGGAUCUGCAGCGAGCCUCGAGGAGGCGAUGUUUGAUGGCAGUAAAAUUAGACAUGGAGCGAGCCCAUGACCGGAUCCGAUGGGACUUCCUACGGCGGGCAUUAGAGAGCUUUGGAUUCCACCGGGUUUGGAUUGACUGGAUUCUAGGAUGUGUGCAGGGGCCUAGCUUCUCCAUUCUGGUCAACGGCACGCCAUCGCCCUUCUUCCGUGCUACUAUGGGACUUCGCCAGGGAUGUCCUCUGUCCCCAUUUUUGUUCAUUAUUUGCUCGGAUGUUCUUUCCCGGGCUAUGCAUGCUGCUUGUGGGAACCGGGAGCUGGCACCCUAUUGCCCAGCCCCGGGUGCCCGACCUCUUUCACACUUAUUAUUUGCAGAUGACUGUCUCCUACUUGCCAGGGCGAGGGUGUCAGAUGCCAGAGCCCUCCAGGGUGUGCUGACAGAGUAUUGUGUGAUGUCUGGACAGAGGGUUAAUCUACAAAAGUCUACUAUCUUUUUCAGCCCUAGCACUGAGGGGAGGGUGCGCCGGGAGAUCAGGGCGACUCUGGGGAUACAGGAGCAGACUGGGGCCCUGGUGUAUCUCGGGGUCCCCAUCACAGGGAGGAGGUUACGGGUGGCAGAGUGCUCCACCUUAUUGGAGAGGGUGCGGAGCAGAUUAGAGGGAUGGAGGGCCUCGUCUCUUUCUAUGAUGGGGAGAUUGACGUUGAUCAGGUCAGUUCUGUGUUCCAUGCCUAUUUACUUGAUGGCUCACACAGUGGUGCCGAAGACUGUGCUGGUGGGGAUUGAGCGACUUAUGCGGAGCUUUCUUUGGGGCUCCUACCGGGGGGGCCAUGGGAUACAUCUGUUGGCUUGGGAGAGAGUGUGUCUACCACUGAGGGAGGGUGGGCUGGGGGUGCAGUCACUCUUGGUACGACGCGAGGCUCUCUUGGCACGGAGGGCAGUACAGCUUGUUCUGGAGCCGCUCGGUCACUGGAGCCAGGUUAUGAUAGCCAGGUAUGGCCGAGCGGGUCUCGAGGGCCCGGCGAUAGGCCGGCGGAGGAGAUCUUUUAUGUGGCGAGAUAUUGGGAGGUAUGUGCCUAUAGCUCUGGCGCAUUCGAGGUGGUUGAUCGGCGACGGACGGAGUGUUGAUGUGAUGGAUGACCCAUGGGUGGAUGCAGUUCCUUUGAGACUAUGGCCGACGACUAUCAGCAUUGAGGUGGGGGAGGGACUCCGAGUUUCUGAUCUCCUCCGGCCGGGAGAGGCAGAGUGGGAUGGUGACAGGCUGGGCCAGCUGUUUGGAGAGCACCUAGUAGAGCGUGUUCGGUCGAUUCCCCUUCCGAGAUCAGCAGGUCCAGAUGCCAGGGUCUGGAGCACUACCCCUCGAGCGAGCGUUGGAGUCGGAGAGGUUGCCCGGCUCCUUCAGUCAGGCUCACAGUCGGGCAUAGAUUGUGGCUGGGUGUGGAGGUUUGGGCUACACCAGAGGGUUGCUCUCUUCCUGUGGAAGGUGGCCUGGGAGCGGUUGCCGACAUGCUCAGUGCUGUGUAGACGAGGUAUGAGCCUUUCCCCCUCAUGUCCAGACUGUGGGGUGGAGGAGUCGGUGGAUCAUGUUCUAUUCCACUGCGUAUGGGCGAGAGGUGUUUGGAGUUUGACUGGGAUCCUGGGUGCCACCUGGAGUGGGAGAGAUCUCUUCCUGGAGGAGGUUCGGCUGUGGGCUAGUGCACCUCAGACGCGGGGAUUGGCUAUCAGGGUGUCUUGUACAGCGUAUCAGAUAUGGCUGGCCAGGAACGCCCGAGUGUUUGGGGAGCGUCGGCUUUCCCUACUUUUUGUGAUGGAGCGAGCCAGAGCUCAGGCUGCAGAGAUUGUUCAGGUCGAUGAGAGGAGGAAUGGCUGGAGGCUGACUUCUCGCAAGAGAGAGAGUCGGUGGAUCGAGGUGGGUCCUCCUGCACAUGACUCCAUGGCUAGUUGUAGGGGUUGUGUGGAGCCUUGUCAAAACUGUAAUGACAAAAAAGCUGGUUGGGAGGCACUUGCCCCCUACCCUGAGAUGGGGAGUGUUGACUCGACAAUUUUGGUCCUCUCGAUGAUCCUGCUUGUGGACCUCUUGCUGCUGUGGCCGCUUGGGGUGGCUGGCUACUGCAUAUGUUGGAUCGCAGUAGCUAGUGCCUGGAUAUAUCGAAAAUGUGCUUGA